AUGUUAGAAAAAUACGGGCCUGUCCUGUGGACAGCCCUCGCCCUCUUCAUCGCCUACACCAUCAAAACCAUCAGGAAAUGGCAAUAUCAGCGAUUCCAGCAGUAUGCAGGCAUCCCUCAGCCUGAGGAGACUUCGUUCGUUUGGGGACAUAUGAAACUCAUGGGCCAAUUGUUCAAGAACGCCCCAGACCGGAGGCUUCACCUCGACGACGUGAUACGAGAUUACCUCCCACACCUGGGAAACCCCCCAGUUCUUUUCCUCGAUCUGCGGCCGCUCAACUACCCAAUGCUGGUAGUGUGCGACCACGAGGUUGCCGAGCAGAUCACGAAGCCCUCCCCAAGGUGGUCAUCGAGCACCCCUAAAUCUCCCACCUUGGGCGACAUAUGGCAUCUAACUGGGAAGAACUCCAUCUUAACCUCAGAAGGGGACCACUGGAAGGCCCAGAGGCGACAGCUCAACCCCGGCUUUGCUCCUCAGCACCUGAUUACCGUCCUGCCCAUCGUUCUUAAUAAGACACGGUUUUUCUUGGAUCAUCUAGACCGCUACUCCCGUACUGGCGAGGAGUUUUGUCUCGACGAGCUCUGUGUCACACUGACCUUCGAUAUUAUCGGAGCCGUCACUAUGGGCCAGGACUUCAAGGCCCAAGUCCCGGGAGAGCAAAGCGAGAUACUUCUUGCGUUCAGGGGGAUUAUGGAGCAGUAUACUAGCCGCAGAGGCCCCAGUAUCCCCGGCACAAAUUGGAUGCGAGAACGCAUCCGUCGACGGUUCGCCAGCAAGCUUGACCGGCUUCUGAAAGGCAUUGUGCGUGAUGAGUACGCCCAGAUCACUGCUGGCGGGACCAAAUCCCGCAGCGUCUUGGCAUUAAGCUUGCAAGGCACUGAGCAGCUCACCCCUGAGCUUCUGCAGCAGACAAGCGACAACCUGCGGGUCUUCCUCUUCGCCGGCCAUGACACGACAAGCAUCCUGCUGCAAUGGGCCUUUUACGAGCUAUCAAAGUCACCACAGCAACAAAAGGCACUCCAUGCCGAGCUCGACGAGCUUUUCGGCACAGACGCGGACCCAGAUGUCGUCCGGGAGAAGCUGCUCGCUCCUGGUGGCACCGAGAUAUUGAGCCAGAUGGUCUAUACCUCUGCUGUCAUCAAGGAGGUCUUGCGCAUCCACCCUCCCGCUGCGUCCGUCCGAAUGUCCCAGCCUGGUACCAAUUUCCAGCUCACCCUGCCCGGUGGCAAACAGGUCUGCCCGGACGGGUGCAUCCUGUACUUGUGCAGCAAUGUGAUCCAGCGCGACCGCAAGGUAUAUGGGGAGACUGCUGACGACUUCAUCCCCGAGCGAUGGCUUGGUGAUACGUCAGGUCUGCCGGCCAGCGCAUGGAGGCCCUUUGAGAAAGGACCACGUGCCUGUAUCGGGUUGGAGCUGGCGAACAUCGAGGCAAAAGUCAUCCUGGCCUGUGCUGCAAGACGCUAUGAUUUCCAAAAGGUCGGCCUGGGUGAGCUGGAGUUGGACAGUCGGGGCAAGCCCAUCCUGGAUGAGAAGGGAUAUUACCGGACGAAGUCUGAGCUCUUCAAUAGUAUCCAGGUGACGGCUAAGCCAGUGGAUCGGUCGAUGAUGAAGGUCAAGCUCAGCGAGCAGGCCAUGGAAAACUGA